AUGGCUGGUCGCUGGUUAAUGAAACCUCUCAUCCGUGAUCCAUUUUUUGCCUCAUCAUUGAGAGAGGCCAGAAAACUUUAUGAUGAGCUUGAUCAUGCUCUUAUGAUGCCACAGUAUUGGCAUGGAAAAAGCCUUACUGAUAGCCAUAAAUUUGGCCAAGGAUGUCCAGAGAUUGUUGAUAAUGAGAAAGAAUUCAAAGUUAAGAUGGAUGUUUCUCAUUUUACUCCUGAGGAAUUGAAAGUCAGUAUCAAAAAUAAGUGUCUUCAGGUUGAGGCAGAGCACGAGGAAAAGUCUGAUGAAUAUGGAACAAUCAAGAGAAGUUUUGUUCGUAGAUAUUCUCUUCCACCUGGUAUCAAGGAGGAAAAUGUUACUAGUGAACUUAACAAAGAUGGAAUCCUUACCAUUGGAGGUGCAAAGAUGGAAAUUGAGGAAGAUAAAACCAAAGAAGUUCCAAUUAAAUUAAAAUAA